AUGUCGCCGACGUUGAGACGAAUAUGGUCCCGAAAGAUCAAGACCGACUGCGCCAGCUUGUCCGAGGUUCAUGAUACAACCAGUAUCAAUGGCAUACACCAGAAAGAUCCUUUGGGUCCACACGUGACUCUUUGCUACAAAGACGAAAAUCAACUCCUGCAUGGGACUCAUGUCGCUAGCCAUGGCUAUGUUCGUGGGAAAGACGAUAUUGGGUUUGUGAGCGAAAGACAACAAGGCAAAAAGACAGUAUGGCCGUCGGAAAAAGAGCUUGAGGCUGUACCAGAGAUCGGCUACGGCCAUCGGGGAUACAGCUCGGCGUGGGUAGAAAAAAACUCCGCGUGGGUAGAAAACUAG